GCAGUGCUGGGACUACAGGCGUGCACCAGCUCGGCCGGCCAAAAUCAACUGUCUUGCCACCAACAAGGCAGCAGCACUUCUGGCUCAGCCACUCGGAAGAGGACCCAAAGACGCACCUCGUUCACCCAACAGCAGUACAAGGAGCUGGAGGCCAUGUUUAGCCAGACCAUGUUCCCAGAGAAGGAUGUUCAGAAGGCGCUGGCCACGAGACUCAACUUGCAGGAGAAAACAGUGAAGGUUUGGUUCAGGAACAGGCGAUUCAAACUGAAGAAGCAACAACAGCAGGAACAGCAGUCGCUAAAGCAAUCAAGCCAGAUCCUUCCACCGGAGAACGAUAAGCCCUCCUCGCUCAGAGUAUCCACCAAACCUGGCCAUUUUACUUCUGCGUUCUUAACUCUCAAUAGUACCCUUUCAUGUGAAUUCACAAGCUCUUCUGAUUCUUCAGAGGACUCUGACUUCUCUGUUGACAGGCCGCAGUGUCCCUCUCUCCCAGAAGACUCUGACUUCGCAGAGAGUCCCACGAAUGAUUUCCAAAUGGAAGAUUUUCAGUUGGAGAGGCUGGUGGCCUCUGUCCCUGCUGUAUGUCCUCCUGCCAGUGACAUAACCCAAAUCAUAGAACUGUACAGUUUUCCUGAUGAGCGUGAGGUCUCCACCUGUUCCUUCAGCUGCCUGAAUCAGUAUCUUUCACCUGUCGGGUCUCGGAUAGAAGGAGAGGGUGACUUUUUCUGCACCUUUUGUGGUCCAGCUGUAGGUCCUUCUCCUGGGCAAACUUUCAUACCCAGUAUGACGAGUCACAGCUCUGCCACCUGGAGUCUCAGGUAGCCUGGCAUUCCAGAACCCUUCCAGUAGGUAGACUUUGCAUUUUUCUGAAGCGUAUUUUAAAAAUUAAUUUUAUUGAUAUAU